CAGAAUGACCACUGUGAGAACACACACACAUGAAAAUGAGCAUGUCUUCAUGUCAUGCACUCGAAGGCAAAUGAAAACCACAAAACACAGGAAAUACAACUGAAAUACAAGCAGUCUGUUGUUUGACUGCUUUACACCGAAUCACUCUCUCCAUCCCUCUCUCUUAUUUCUUAUUCUGUCUGACUGACAGGUUAGAAACUCUUGGUACAGACCGCACUUUUCCAGCAGUUUGCAGUUUGUGGUUGUAGCUUUAGUAUUUUUCACUGCGGCAUACAAACCAUAUAAAGCUUGUUGGAACAAUGGGAAGUUGUUUAUGUUGUGACCAAAGAAAGAAGAAACCUGAAAACACUGAUAAUGGCAAUCAGAGAGAAACAGCAACAGACACAAAGACAGAAGAUGUGCUGUAUGCCUCCAUUGACCAUGCUAGCAUCAGUCCAAACAGACCUGCUCGAGACAACGUGGUGGAGGACAACGACUGUGAUUAUGCUGUUGUAAGGCUCCCUCAAAACACAGCAGACAUGUCCAAGCACAAAAGCAACGAGGACAGUUCAGAUGAUUAUGUGCUCAUGGGCUGAGCGCUGAGAUGCUCGUGUGGAUGAAAUCUACACAUUCAGCUGGAAUGGACACCUGAGAUACUCAAGCACAACUUUAAAGGCUCAUCAGCUUUGUAUAGGUUGCAGUGAUAUUCAGCUUUUUCGAAUUUUUAUUUAUUUUUAUAAUUCGUUUAUUUUAGGUCUGUUUUUGCCACUGCAUUUUAACAGCAUGAAGUAAAAUAUGUUAAAGACUUUUGAUAUCAUUUAAGUAAUUACUACCUUCAUCUAUAUGCACAGUGAAUAAAAGUGCAUAUGUGA